CUGAUAGAACACGCAAAGCCCAUGAAGAUCCAACAAAGAAAGAAAGAAAGACCAAAAAAAAAAAAAAAAACAAAGGAAGGUGACAUCUUAUGCGUUUUGCGGUGUGAAUCAGAUAAUAUGUUCAUCGGACAACAACAAAAUCCCAUUCCCUCUCUCACUUCACGAAAUCCUUUUGAUUUGUUGCUUGUUCCCUUUCCUUUUCCACCCCACUCACAUUAACUCCAUCCUUACUCUGCAAUCACUCCGAACGUUUAUGUGUAUAUAUAUAUAUAAAAAGCUGCAAUCUGUCAGAAUUCUGCCAAAAACUACUUUAAAGUUUUUUCCUUCCAUACAUUUCUAUCUAUACUACACUUUCUUUGACUCCCACUGUUUUUUUUUUUUUUCUUUCUUUCUUCCUAUCUCUUUCUAUCUCUGCAUCUAUUAUACUAGCCUUUCAGCUUUUUCAGAAAUGGCCAGAUGGGCUGUCUGCAUGUCAGUCACAAGUGACUAUACUGAUAUUGUUGUUGUUGCUGCUGAUGCUAGUAGUAGUAGUAGUAGUGCUAUUGCGUUGUUCAAUUUAGGCGGUUCUUGCUUUGCCACUUAUUACCAUUGCUACAGUUCUUGUCCUAUAAUACUUCCACCAAACAAAGUUUCCUUUUUUCCCCUCUUUGAACCCUUUUCACAGUGUUGUUUUUUUUUUUGCCCUGUCUUAAUAACACUGCCAUUUGCAGUUUUUCCAGUCAGACAACCAUUGUCUUGGGCUUUUAAUACGCAUUAGUAGUGCUCUCUCUAUAUCUUGAAGAAGACCCAUGUCAAGAAAUGCAGACCCUGCAGCUUAAAGGAGAAGUUGUAGUGAAAAGGGAAAGCUCGCCUUUGAGUGAUCUUGAGCUUGGGAUAAGUAGCUACUAUGGAGGUGUAAAGAGCAAAAUUAAAGAAGAAGCAGAUCAAAUUGUGUUCACAGCUGAACAAAUUCAGGAACUUUACAUUCAAGCUGCAAUCUUUAGGUAUUUGCUAUCCGGGCUUCCCGUGCCUAUUCACCUUGUUCUUCCUAUUUGGAGCAGUGUUGCCAGCUCUCUGGGCCCUGAUAGUACUGGAAUUUACAGGCAUUUCCCAACCUGUACGUUUUUAAUACAUUCGUUUGUCUCAUUUCUCUUCGAGUUCUUAUUUAGUACCUUUUGGGUUGGGAUAUCACUGCAUCAUCUUGAACUAUUGUUAGUCCUGUUUUCACUUUAAAGGUGGAACCUUUUUAAGGCCUUAUACCUGAGCUGGUGCGGUCUGCUUUCUGUUGUGUGAAACACUUGGCUGAAUUUGUCUAAACUUAUGACUUGUGGUUGAGACAUAUUGGUUUGAACUUGCAAACCCUGUUUUUGCCAUUUAUCGGUUCUAGUUUUGGCUGAAUUUGUCCCUGAAUGUUUAUGCAUAGGUGCUGUAAGAUGAUUAUAUGGAUGGCCUCUUCUUCUUGUUAGCCAUAUUCAGUCCCUUAGUUAUCUGAUUGUUUAUAUCUACACGACUAACUUUGAAGAAAUUGGAAUUUCUCAUCAUUUUGCUGUAUCAUAGUAAAAUAACAUUUUGCAGGAUCUUCAUGAUUGUUUAAGAUUUGUGUUGAUGAAUGAAGAGUGUCACUUUUAUAACUUAGACUGAUUUCUGUUGUUUUUAUCUUCUUUUAGUGGCUACAGUCUUUGCAUUUGGAGACGAUUUUGAUUGCCGGAGCUUGAUGGAUCCUCAACCUGGUAGGUGUAGAAGAACUGAUGGUAAGAAAUGGAGGUGUUAUAAAGAAGUAGUUCCUCUUCAGAAAUACUGUGAAAGGCACAUGCACAGAGGCUCUCAUCGUUCAAGAAAGCGUGUGGAAACUGCUGAAAAAGCAUCAGCCAUCAGCUCCUACAACUAUGCACCGCCUCUGACUUCUGCUAAGGCGGCCUCUCCUGUUCCUAGGACUGCAGUUGCAGUUUCUACAAGCCUGGAUCUUACAGUUCCGUGUUCCGAUCCUAUUCAGAGUGCGCCUAGAACUUUUAAAGAUGGCUCUUCUUUUACUUGCAAUAUUAUUCGAAAAAGCAAAGGUAAAAAAAUGGUGGGAGAAAAUUGUGGCACCAAUGCUGGUUCUUUAGUGAGAGUUCUAGCUGACAAGAAUAACACAAAGUACCAAAGUGACUACGGCAGUGGCAAAGGUGUCAAUGACUCGGAUCACAUCAUUAACUCCAAAAUGAUGGAUGGGAGCAAUAACAAUAGUUUUUCAGAUGCAUCAAUGGCCACAGGAUUUGGUUCGUCUCCAAAGAGUGUGCUUCAACUUGACAAGGCCACAGUCUGUACUCGCUUGAAGCUGGAGUGUAGGAUGCCGGAAGAAACUGAACCAUCACGAUGCAAAAGAAGUGAUGGUAGAAAAUGGAGAUGCAAACGACAUGUGAUGCCUAACAAGAAAUAUUGUGAGAUUCACCUGUCCCGAGGAUCCAAGAGGUUUAUGUCACAGUCUAGGGCAAGUGGUGCGCCAGUUCACAUUCCUCAUGGUUUUCCCUCCAACUGCACCACACCUUCAGCAGCUGAGAACAAGAUUAACCUGAACACCGAUCUCUCCAUCUCAAUCACUGCCAGCCCUCAGAAGACCUCAAAUAGUGACUCUAGCAGCAGUGAAGCCACCGAUAUUACCGUCUGAAAAUGCCAGCGAUCCUUGCAAUUUAACCUUGAUUUCCAUAACUUCAGUACGUACCACCUCCAUUUUGCAUUGGACCAACUUGCUUCGCACAAUUUGACUGUAUCCUAAGAGCUUCAGUACCAAACUCGGGAAAUCGGUCUUCCUUUAAGCAUUUUGAACUGGACCAACCCAGGUUAUGUUUAUCUUUCAUGCAAUGGGGCAAGGGUCCAUGUCUAUAGAGUUGUAAAGCUCUGUACAUUUCUAAUUAUGCCUUUUCAAGCGAUGUACUUGUUUUGAUCUCUCUUUUGGAGAGUGAAUGGUUUUUUCAACAUGUGCAAAAGCUACCAAAGCUAAGUUGGAG